AUGGCACCCUCGCUCUACGACUAUAAGUACGAUGGUACUACCACGUAUUGCUACUGGAUGGAUCAAGGUAUGCAAGUGUCUAACCUCGACUUCGCAUACGUGCUGGAGAAGGGUACAGGUAUCGAAUGUCCACUCACAAUUACGCUACAGCAAGCCACAACCGGUCCUAUUCUUGUUGGGAAUGAGGUCGAGUACGCUUUUACGGCCACCCUCAACCUGAUUGAAAAUGCGUUUAACCUCACAGAGCUGCAGACAGCAGUACCUGAUCCUACAACGGGGUUACCUAUGCAAAUUGGCCACUCAAACAUCCAUUCCUGCUCCCGUUCGACCGUGUGUGAUAUUUUUCGGACCGGUGCUAAUCGCAAGAUUGUCGACCAGGAGACGUCCAACUUUACUAGUGCUGGCACAGCCGAUUUCCGCCAGAAAAUUACGUACAAUAGUGUGGGUGAACGCAAUGUGUUUGCGCACAUUAUUUUGCCUCCAAAGGACUUUUUACAGGAAAGUUAUCACUUCAUUACGUUCGUUACAACUAAUGUUGAAGCUAGUAGUAGCAGCUUGGCCGAUAGUGACAGUUCAGGACUCUCGACUGGUGCUACAGUGGCUAUGAUUGUAGGUGGAGUAGCAAUCGUUGUUGCUGUCAUUUUAUCGGUGGCUUUCUGGCGCCGCAAACGCCAACCUGGACAGGAAACAAAUAAUUAUCAAAACAGUGGCUUUGGCUUGCCGGCAUCAUAUGUUGCCAACAAAUCCAAAUCGCAUCUAGACUGGAAUGCAGAGCCAGAGUCGCGGUUGACGGCGCAAGGUUCAGGGUUGAAGGAUAAUUACAGCUCAGUAGACCAGGCUCAUGGCUCUCGUGGCCCUGGUCUCAAUGCCAGUGCUCUCAUGUUUAACGAACGUCCCAGCCGUCAGAAUAAAACAGUUUCAUCGUCCGGUUCGCUUCACUCAAGUCGUGGACAAGGUGAUGCUUACAACAACUACGACACGCCCAUGCAGCGCUCAGGAAACAACUUUAACUCAUCGAACGUUUUUGGUGCCUCAAACAACUUUGCCGCAUCUGGUCAUUCAAACAGGGGGGACCCAUAUCAUCAAUCGAAACCUAGAUUCCCGGAUGACUCUAUGUAUGACGAUGGGGAGUCGAUUUUGGCCGAGGAAGACCCCAAUCUUGAAUACGGACGCACUCCUGACCUCGAGACUUUUGGAAUUGGAUCGGAUAAUCAAGGGGGGCCAUCUUUUGGGAGUGAAACGUCCAUGGGAACGUCAUACGACUACGGCACGGAAGACGCGCACUAUGCUCAGGCUCCUUUUAAUCCGCUUCUCAGUGGCUAUGGUCGCGAGUCUGAAACGUCAAGCAUGGGAUCAGCUGACAAUUACACUAUGUUUGAGCAGCCUCCUUCUCGCCGGCGAGAAGAUACGCUGGACGCAAUACUCUCGGGCGACCAGGGUGCUGAAAAUGAAAAUGAUCGUCCUAGCUCCGUGUCUUCGAUUGGUACGGUUGACUUUACUCAAGACGAGCCUUCUGUUCGAUCUCAGAAACCCAUUACAUUCGAGCCGCUGGAUGAGACGUUAACAAUGUCUGCGAUUGCCAAAGGACAAACUGCAAACGCAAUUUCAAACAACCAUCUUGCUGAUUCUAAUUCAAGUGACAACUCGGAGUUUGUUCUUCAUGACAGCUCGGUCACAUUUGCCGCGUCAAAUGUUAGCUCCGACUACGCUAGUACGAUGAGCUCGAUCGAUAUCGACAAUAAUAACAGGGUCAGUAAUAAAAUGAGCAGCGUGAGCGACAUUGUUAGCGAAGUUGCACCAUCGGAGCACGAGGCGAGCACUAGCAACAAGCGCUCGAGCUAUACCAAUAUCAAUGCUAAUAGCAAGAGCGACUAUCCAAAGCUUAAUUAUGAUGAAGGCAGUAGUUUUGGCAGCGGAUUAGAAGGCUCAAGUUUGGGAUCAGGCUUUGAAAGCUCGAGUUUCGACGGCACAGAGGGUGUCAUUCGCUCGAGCUAUGGUGCAAACCUGACAAGUGACAAUCUCAAUGCUCGCGUCACUGACCAAAAGCUAGAUGCCACCAACAGUAAAAACGAUUUCAGCAAUACUCACUCGACUUAUGACUUUGAUGACAAGUCUUUUCGUGGUUCAAAUUCGUUCGCUCUAUCACCAUCUGAUACUGACGUUAUGACUGACGAUGAUCUUCGGUCAAAAAGCGUAUCUUCUGCUGAUGGUGAGAGUUACGAAUUUUAA